CUUCCGGGGCACGGCAGGGCCCCUCACACCGGGCCGAGGAGGCGAGCGGUGGUGGUGGUGGUGGCCCGACAGACGCGGCACGAACUCGUCAACACAAAAUACACAUUUAUAUAUUAAACGCACAACACAUAUAUUACACAACACUAUAUUUAUAUAUUACACACACAACACGCGAAAUCGCCAUUGUUAAAUCAAAAAACCUACCGCCGUUACCAGCAGCAGCAGCGGCAGUAGCAGCAUCACGGCGGCAGGGCCGAGAGGCGGAGGAGGAGGAGGAGGAGGCGUCGUUGUCGUGGUCGUCUCGGUCGUCGUGGUCGUCUCGGUCGUCUCGUGCCGCCCAUGAGGGGCGAUGCUCGACGCCGUUCGCUUCGUGGAGCGGCGGCGCAGGGCGCGCGGCUCCGAGGCGACGGCGCUGCGCCGCGGGCUGCAGGCGGCGCGCCUCGCCACGGCCCGCGGACUCUUCCACCGCGAACUGCGCGGACACUUCGGCUGCGUCAACGCCGUCGAGUUCUCGUGCGGGGCUGGAUCGUGGCUCGUGUCAGGUGGAGAUGACCGGCGCGUGCUGCUCUGGGAUGUGGAGCGAGCGGUGCACGGCAUGGGCCAGCCCGUGCCCAUGACCGGGGAGCAUCACUCGAACAUCUUCUGCCUGGCCUUCACCUCUGACAACAAACGCAUCUUCUCAGCCGGCAACGACGAACAGGUCAUCCUCCACGACGCCGAGAGGGGCGACACGGUGGACGUGUUUCCGCACGAGGAGGCCGUCUACGGCCUCUCGGUGAGCCCCGACAACGACUGCGUCUUCGCCAGCUCCUCCGACGAGGGCCGCGUGCUCAUCUGGGACACGCGGAUCUCCCACCACGAGGAGCCGUUCUGCCUGGCGAACUACCGCUCGCCGUUCCACGGGGUGAUGUUCAACCCCGUGGAGUCGCGCCUCGUCGCCACCGCCAACUCCAAGGAGGGCGUGGGGCUGUGGGACGUGCGCAAGCCUCGCAGCUGCCUGUGGAGCUACGGUGGCGACGGCGGCCCCGCCAGCGCCAUGAGCGUUCGCUUCGACGCGAGCGGCGCCCGCCUGGUGGCGCUGCGGCGCCGCCUGCCGCCCGUGCUGCUGGACGUGCGCCACACGCAGCCGCUGUGCCACUUCCAGCACCCCGGCUACUACAACUCGUGCACCAUGAAGAGCUGCUGCUUCGCAGGCGACCGCGAUCAGUACGUGUUGUCGGGGUCGGACGACUUCAACCUCUACAUGUGGCGGAUCCCCGACGAGCCCAUCCAAGAGGCCGAGCGGACGGUGCCGCGGGCCUUCUUGGUGCUGAAGGGCCACCGCUCGAUCGUCAACCAGGUCCGCUUCAACAACAACACGCACAUGCUGUGCUCCUCCGGGGUCGAGAAGGUCAUCAAGGUUUGGUCCCCGUUCGUGCAGCCCGGUUCCCGCGGCGACCUGUCUGGCGAGGCGCAGGAGCCGCGCCGGGCCAUGUACACGCACGAGGAGUACAUCGGCCUGGUGCUGUCGAGCGGCUCGGCGCUCUCGCACGACUACGGGCAGCAGUCGCUGGACGAGGACCCGCGCAUGAUGGCCUUCUUCGACUCGCUGGUGCAGCGCGAGGUGGACGGCUGGAGCUCGGCGUCCGACAGCGACGCCAGCCCCGGGGCGCUCGCCUGGGUGCCACGCGGCGGCGGCGGCGGUGGUGCCGCGGCGGGGGCCGAGCGGAGCCCCCUGACGGGGGUGCUGAUGCCGCUGGACGAGUGGGAGCGCCAGCCUCGCGAUCCGCGGCCCCUGCAUCCUCCCCGCAUCCCUCGCGGCGCGGCUCCCUCGGCCGCCGCCCCUCGCGGAGCCGCCGCCGCCGCCGCCAGCAGCAGCAACAACGACGACGGCGCCGCCGGCGGCACCGACAACAACAACAACGACGCCAGCAGCAGCGGCGGCAACGGGAGAGGCGGCACGCGGCAGCGGUGGCGGCGGCGCCGCGCCGCGGACGUUUCGCCGGACACGUCGGACGGCGACGGCAAUGGCGGCGGCGGCGGCGGCGGGGAGCGCCGCCCGCCUGACGCCGACCAAAAUGACGACGACGACGACGGAAAGAAAAACGGAGGCGGCGACGGAGCGGGAGAGAGCAGCGAGAGCGGCGAGGACCGGCGAGCCAGCAUGCGCCGGCGCAACGCGGCACGCACGCGCGCCCGCAAGCAGAGGAGCCGCCGGCACCCACCGGACGGGGAGGCGGCCCCCGCCGCCGCCUGCGAACCGCCGACGACGUCGAGGACGACGGCGCCGACGACGUCGAGGACUGCGUCGCCGUCGUCGUCCUCGUUGUCGUCCGAGGGGGGCGGCGACGGCGCGGGGCCGGCGGCGUCGUCGUCAUCCGACACGAGCGCCCGCUUUGGUGACGGCGCCGCGGAAGCCCGCAAGGUGUUCCGCGUCUACAACAAGAUCUGCAACAGCUACAGGAGGCACCUGCGCAAGGGGCGGCAGCAGCAGCCGCAGCAGCGGGAGGAGGAGGAGGAGGAGCGGCGUGCGGUCGCGGGUGACGCGGAGGAGGACGGCGCCGGAGAAUGGAUUUUGAUCAGAGGCCCGUACCACGACGACGACGACGUUGACGACGACGUUGACGACGACGUUGACGACGACGACGUCGACGUUGGGUCCAACAGGCCGGCCCGACAGACGCCCACGUGCAGCUGGCUCACGGACGAGGAGGAGGAGGAGGGGGGCGGCGAUGCCGGUGGCAGCGCCGCGAGCGGGAAAAGGCGAGCGAUGGACAAAGCCUCGUCGUCGGCGUCGUCGAUGUCGUCCUCGUCGUCCGGUUUCGACGAGGCGAGGGGCGCCACGUCCAGACGUCGCCGACUGGCGAACGGCAAAGCACCGGCGCCGGCCUCGUCGUCGUCGUCGUCCUCGGCGGCGUCGUCGCGGGCCUCGACCUCGUCGUCCCCGACAUCGUCGCGGGCCUCGACCUCCUCGUCACACUCUUCAUCAUCCGGGGACGGGCGCCGGCAUUGCCGCCGCGGCCGCCAUUGCCGCCGGGUGACGGAGAGCGACGAGGAGGAGGAGGGGGAGACGAAGAGGAACGGUGACUUUGGGGCCCGCGGCGACUCCGGAGGCGGCGGCGCCACCGCCGCGGCCGCUGCCCGGGCGUCCAAACGACGGCACGAGGAGGAGGAGGAGACGGACGCGGGCGAGGAGGUGGUUGAGGAGGUGGGCAAUGACAAGGAGGCGGCAUCGCCCAAGCCGGGCGGAAAGAGAAAGCAGAAGAGGCAGCGCUGACGGGGGAACCGAGACGGGAGCGGCAGCGGCGGUGGCUUCGCUCCUCACCGAGCGCUUUCUGGGUCGCGGGUCGGUGAGCGGAGCAGGCGGCCGUGGCCGCAGCGAGAGGAGGAGGUCUGCUGGACUGGUGUGCUGGACGUGGUGGGCUGGACUGGUGUGCUGGACGUGGUGUGCUGGACUGGUGUGCUGGACUGGUGUGCUGGACGUGGUGUGCUGGACUGGUGUGCUGGACUGGUGUGCUGGACUGGUGUGCUGGACUGGUGUGGUGGACUGGUCUGCUGAACUGGUGUGCUGGACUGGUGUGCUGGACUGGUGUGCUGGACUGGUCUGCUGGACUGGUGUGCUGGACGUGGUGUGCUGGACUGGUGUGCUGGACUGGUGUGGUGGACUGGUCUG